AUGGCCGGCCGAGGAUUGAACGAUAACGAAGUCCAGCAGGAGAUGCAAAAGAUGGUCAGCUUCAUCAAGCAAGAGGCCUUGGAGAAGGCGCGCGAAAUCAAAGUCAAGAACGCCGACGAAGAAUUCAACAUCGAAAAGGCCAAGCUCGUGCGCCAAGAGACUCUCGCCAUCGAAGCCUUUUACCAGAAGAAGCUCAAGCAGUCUGAGGUCCAACGCAAGAUCGCUCAGUCGAACCACAUCAACAAGAACCGACUACGCGUGCUGCAGACCCGCCAGCAGGUGCUGGAGGAGCUGUUCAAGGAGGCAAAGUCGAAGCUGGUCUCGCUCACCCAAGACAAGACCAAGUAUCAGCACCUGCUGAAGGAUUUGAUCCUGCAGGGUCUCUACCAACUCAUGGACACAUUUGUUGUCCUUCAGUGUCGCAAGGUCGAUGUGCCCUUGGUCAAGGCCGGCUUGGAGAUUGCCGUCGCGGAGUACAAGAAGGCUCUCAACCGACCCGUGACGCUGACUCUGGACGAAGCCAACCCCCUUCCUGAGACGAGUGCCGGCGGCGUCGUCCUGUCCUCCCUCGAAGGCCGCAUCCGAGUCUCGAACACGCUGGAGAGCCGCUUGGAGCAGCUUGGCGACACAAUGCUUCCCGAUAUCCGAUACACUCUCUUCGGUCCGUCGCCCAACCGCAAGUUCUUUGACUAGAGACACGCUCGAAUCAUCUCGCUCCACGAUCCAGCUCUGGUGAAAGGGAGGCG